UUUAAUCUCAUAGCUUUAAGUUAGUUCUUUUUAAAACCAUACGGGUAACUCUGCCUUCUUACUGUUGCAUUUUUAUUUUUUUGUUACGUUAAACUUAGGCCCUAUUAGCCCAAAUCGUGGGUAGCGUUUGAUUCUUUCGAUGAUAUUUGGACCAACUUUGUGGAAGGAUAGGUGUUGUAUAUAGUGUCAUAAAUUACUAAUGUACAUAAUAUGAGUUGAUUUUUAAUGCUUCACACAUGAAAAUUUCCUAAGGCACGCUUUCUGUCUGCCAAUGAUAACUGAGGCUAACUUUCACAUGGGUUUAACUUGUAUAAAUACCAUUUAACAAUACGCAUAGCGAUGAAUAGAUGUCAAUAAAAGUUUUAUAUUCUAUAUUUGGUAGAUCUGCAAAAAUUACAAAAAAAAUUAUAAUUGGUAUCAAUGUGGCAUAAUCAAACAUAUGACUUUAAGUUCAGAUUGAUUAACCUCAAUAUUCGUAUCUCCAGACUUCUAGACCCUAUAGGGUACAGGGCACUCCAUUCACAACUGCCUGUGCUGAUAUGAUAUAUAUCUAAAUAUGGCUUGAACAGACUUUGAACAAGGGUCCUAUUUAUAUUCUUCAUUAAUGUCAAACCUUAACGAUAAAACGAUAUUGGAAAAUGAUUUGCACGUUGCCAUUUUAAUGUAUGACGACUGAUCAGCCUGAUAAUCAAGUGAAAACCAUUUACUUCUUUCCAUAGAUCUUUUCGGAUCUUUGAAGAAGAAGAAAAACGUGCACGUUCAGAAAACAGACUAAAUUCUCUUUGACUAAAAUGUAGGUGCAAAAAUUGUUCCCCUGAGGCUACUCCAGUCUGGAUAUUUGGGAAAGGAGAAAGGGGAAAUGGUGCAAUUAUGCGCCAACCAUUCCUCGUACUGUACUGUUGUUUUUACUAAUUGUUUAAGACGUGUUCCUUGUUUACUGUUAACCUAACAAUCACCCAAAGAGGAUACUGUGUGUUGAAGGCAUCACGUUUACCCAUCUUAGGCUGUAGUUUGAUUAUACGCUCUUGAUUUCGAAAUUCUCUAUUAUUGAGCAUUAUCAUAACUAGGGUUCUUAAAUGAAGACAGGAUCGGCAGAAGGGAUCAAACAGACAGCUUGAGAGAUAACUGAGGUGACAAAUGAUGGACAAAAUGAAAACAAACGAUAAGAGAAUUAUAUGGAUUUGAAGAAUAAAUCAAAUGACGAAUUUCAUUAUUGUUGCAUUGAACCGAGUCGAGAUAAUAAAAAGCAAAGAGCCUCGAAACCGUUUAAAAAAGAUAGGAGGGGGAGAAGAAAAAGGAAACAAUACACACAAUACAAUAAUUGUAAAUAUAAAUGCAAUGUAAGCUUUGAACACAGUCUAUUGCCGAGUGUGAGAGAUAUUUCAGCUGACGCUGAUAAGGAUGGCUUGGCUGCGUGCUGUUUUGGCGGUUUGUCGCCUAGAUCGGAGUAGUUUGCUGUUAUUGCAAUAAUACAUCAAAAUUAAAAACUAAUAUGUAUCCUAUCAACUUGAGAAAACGUAGAACUAUAUUAGGUAGUGCUGUGUCAAAAUGGUUUUGUUCUCUUUCACUUAAAAUGGGAAAACAUCAUGUAACUUAAGGCUCUGCCAAUACUUGCCAACACACCUGAAGUCAAAUGACCCAAACACCUUCACCGACAGGGGUCGGCCACCGCGACGGUACAACCAUAAUUUAUGAUUCCCAUAAUGAUUAGUUUUUUUUUACGUGGUGCACAUCCCAAAUGAUGAGAAUGCCUUAUAAGGACAUUAUUUUUCUUCCUUAAAAAUUGUCGACAGGCUAGUUUGAAUAAGAGCAUGUUAUACGCAAAAUAUUUCGUAUAUAAGCUGCAUAUAUACGGUGUUGCGUUUAUUUCAAGUUCAUCCUCUAUACUGUUAUCGCACAUAUCUAAAACAGACACAACUAACGAUGAGUUUGGAUUUUGAUUGGACAACUCUCUGUAUUGAUGGAUGAGAUGCAUUUCAUAAUGAAGAAUCGGUUAGUAACAAUAAAACGUACUCCAGGAUUAAAACAGAAGAAUUUCUCCCAAAUCGUGUGGCCAGUACUUGAGUGACUGGAAUUACGUUCAUUUCUCAGGUCAGUGAUCGGCGGGAGCUACCAUCACAUGCAGCAGCCCACUUAAUUUUUUGCACAUUUACACAUAUGGAAUGCACAAAACAAACACAUAGCGAUAAUUCAGUCCAAUUUCAGUUUAUUCUGGUCUAUUAGGCGGGGCUGAGAUCUGUAAAACAGCACAAAGAAGUUCUGAGGAAGAAGAACGACUCGAGUCCAAAGGCUAGUCGGAGAUGUUGAAUUUUUUGUACAAUUGAAGUGCUUCGUGCUAUACAUACGUCUCUUGUUACAUCACCGACGGGCACUGCCUUCUUAUCAGUCGGUAAACAUUAGGUUUCAAGACAGUAAAUAUUUAAAGCAAAAGUUUGCAUUUAACUUGUUUAAAACAACAGAUGUAGAAACGUCUGACCGAAUCUAGGCAUUUGGAUACAGUGUAUUGGAAUAUAAAAAAUAAACAACAUCUUUUGAGACUUUUUUAAAGAAACUAUUCCGGUACUGGUAAUGUAAAGCCACUGCCAUCGUGUCUGUGGUGUAGAUCCUUAUUUAAUUCCACCGCCAGUUCAAUUCUGGCGGACAUUACAGCAAUCUCACGACCAAGUAAUUUUAUCUUAUGAACGAGUCUGCUGGACGAUUGAUUGAACAACCUGAACUGGCGCAGUACAGAUUAAGAAAGUGCGUGUAUCAACAAUUUCACGGGGAGCGUUGAUCAUGUCAGAAUGAUGAAGGAAUCCAGAACGAUUCAAAUUUGCAUUAUUAUGUCAAGGAAGUAUUAUCUUAACAUUAUUUGUGUCUGAAUUCUUGAGAAUAUGCCAAAUCGAACGCUGGAAUAAUAAGCGGCUUAUGAGAAAUGUAUCUAUCAUUUUUUUUAUAAUGCGUUUCACUACUAGAGAGUCAGCGUCACUUGCAGCCGCGAGAAAUUGUCUGACUGAAAAAAACGCAACUGCCCAAAGGAAGAUUUUGCACCGGGAUUUGUUGUCGCACGUUGAGUAAUGAUUUCCCCGCAUGAAUGAGAAUAGGAGAAGGUAGGCAUUUGGUAGGGGUUUUAUCUUGGCGCACAACCCCGACUACCCACGCUACGGUGCACAAAUAUUUGCCAGUGUCAGUUUGUACGUAAGGCUGUGCAUUGUCAUUGUUGGGCGGGAGGAGCAGAGACGACGUAAUGUUGUGAGCGGCUUGAUCGAUACAAAUACCUUAAGGAAUUGAAUAGCAAAUUCGAUAUCUUAGGUCCAGCGUUUUGAGCGCCUCGCUUUUAUUGCAGUCGGAUUAAACUAUCGGAGCAGUGAAGGCAUUCAAUGGACUAAAAAUAAAAAAGUAGCUACUGGAACAGAAUGCGCUAUAGGAUAUGAGGUGUGAUUACUGCACGUUUUUUUACAAACAAAUUUGACAUAUAUGCUGUGUAAUGCAAAAAUAAUCGAAGUUGUUUGCCUUCACAAUACAGGCUCUUUCUUGCGAAGGAAGUAAUACUCCAAAGGAAGUAAGUUAUCUUUUUAGUCAUCGGCGAAGAAAAAGUGAAACCAGGAACUGUGCUUUUACAAUGGCAAGAGGCGGGAGGAUGGCAUCCCUUUUACAGUUCUGUCUACCUCAUUUCGGGGUCAAAAGUAUUUGGGCAUUAUUAUUUUUAACCCUGUCAAUACCCCUUCUCGUGGAAAGUCGGCACUGCUCAAGAAGACCCGGUCAAAAAUACUGGGACCAGUGCUGCGAGGGAAGAGACGAUGAGUGUACCUAUCCCAUAGCAGAUACCGUGUGUUACUGCGAUGCCUUCUGUAACAGAACUAUCCACGACUGCUGUCCAGAUUUCUGGGAAUAUUGCCGCGGGGAAACCCGACCUCCAGAGUAUACCACUCCCAGACCCAUACAAGUCAUUUGCCAAGACAAUGGCGAUUACUACAAAUAUGGGACGGUCUUAAAAAGAAACUGCAACACCUGCACCUGUGUCUCGGAUCCCAUGGGUAGUUCAAAAUAUGGAUCCUGGUCUUGUACAAACUUUGCCUGCGUUCUGCGACCGGAACACAUCAACACAGUGAACACUCAAAACUAUGGCUGGCAGUCAUCAAACUAUACAUUCCUGUGGGGGCUGAAGCUGAAGGACGGCAAAAAGUACCGACUGGGGACCAUGGAACCCGGUCCUUCAGUGGCACGCAUGACGUCACUCAGGGUCCACGUGAACGAGAUCCUUCCGGAUUUCUUUGACGCCAGGUCAAGAUGGCCCGGAAUGAUCCAUCCGGUGCAGGAUCAGGGCAAUUGCGGAGCUUCAUGGGCUUUCUCUACCACAGGCGUUGCAUCCGAUCGUCUGACCAUCCAUUCUCAUGGCGGUAUAAACGACAUGCUGUCUCCUCAGCAGUUGCUUUCUUGCAACUCCAAGAACCAGUUUGGCUGUGAAGGAGGGCACCUGGACAGGGCGUGGUGGUAUAUGAGGAAAACUGGAGUGGUGGAGGAAAACUGUUAUCCCUAUUCGAGUGGUCAGUCAAAAAUCAAAGGGAACUGUAUGGUCCGCCGGUCAGCCAUGCACACCAGGAAUAUCCGGUGUCCAGGCAAUGGACGGAUGACAAAAAGUGUUUAUGCCUCAACACCACCGUACAGGAUAGCGCCCAGCGAGAGAGAAAUAAUGAAAGAAAUCUUAGACAACGGCCCUGUUCAAGCAACCUUUGAGGUGAAAGAAGACUUCUAUAUGUACAAAGAUGGUGUGUACAGAUAUACCAAUCUCGCCCGUAAUGAUCCGCCUGAAUUCCGAGAUACUGGCUAUCAUUCUGUGAAAAUUAUAGGGUGGGGCCUAGACCUAUCGAAGGCAGGAGAGCCAGUCAAAUAUUGGUUGUGUGCAAAUUCUUGGGGUCCUGAAUGGGGAGAUGAUGGUUACUUUAAGAUACUCCGUGGAACAAACGAAUGCAAGAUCGAGUCGUUUGUAGUUGGCGUCUGGGGUAAGGUCAACGGGAAACAAGUGCUUAAGAACCGAAGAACGAAACGCCGGCUUAGACAUUUGAGACAUAUCAGGAAGAGAUACAGACUCCUUAGACACUUAAUAUAAGCGUGCCAAUAGAGUUCUUAAAACAUCGUAAAGUACAUACACUCAUCAUUAUUUUAUGUAAAUAAAACGCCAAGCUAUACAUUGCCAAACAGAUUAAUUCCUGUGUAGUAUACGAAAUCACAGGAGAGAGUGUCUACCCCCCCUGAGGGGCAGUCUUGAGAAUCUGAUACACAAUCUAUAAAGAAAAAUAGUGUUGACUUUUGGGUAACAUUAAUUUGGGACAAGUGUUUUAACUUGUUUUCUGAAGGAACACUCAGCCCUUUGCAAACUUGCGCGUUUGGGAGUAGUAUAUUGCCUGAGCGCGUGUAGGAGCUGAGUUUUGAUGUCCGAGUUCCCGUGUUAACGCAGAAAGGGAUCGAGGACUUGACCCGACUGACGCGCUUUUAAAAGGGUGCCCUCCCCUCUUCCCCACUGUUUUGUAGUUCAAACGCGAAAACUGAUGUAAACGCUGGUGUGAUGAAGUUAAGAGGAUAAAAUUUCAGUAGUUGUUAGUUGUUGUGUGCCAAACUUUUCCAAGACUGCCCCUCCCCCUGCCCCUCACCCGGGAUAUGUUCAUGAAUUGCGUUAUUUUACAACCACUGGC